GCCCCCUCUCAGAGUUUGGCAGCGGGGCAUGGUGUGAAGGAAGGCAGGAAACCAUGGAUCCCACUAAAGAACAGCUGGAGAAAACAGUGGACAUUUAUCGAGAUACGUGGGUCCGCUUCCUGGGGUAUGCCAACGAAGUCGGGGAGGCCUUUCGUGCUCUUGUGCCAGUGAGCUUGGUAUGGGGCAGCUAUGCUGUGGCCACUGCAUAUGUUACUGCUGAUGCCGUGGACAAAGGGAAGAAAGCAGCUGUGGCCCAUGGGGACAACCCAGGGAGGACAACAAGGGUUGCUGUGGCAGUGGUGGACACAUUUGUGUGGCAGGCUCUUGCAUCCGUGAUCAUCCCAGGGUUUACCAUUAACCGUGUGUGUGCCACGUCGCUGUACCUGUUAGGAAGGACCACGAGGUGGCCAUUACCUGUCCGCAAGUGGACCACCACUGCUAUAGGUCUCUCUACAAUCCCCUUCAUCAUCACUCCAAUAGACAGGUCAGUGGAUUACCUGCUGGACUCCAGCCUUCGGAAGGUCUACGGUGAUGAAGAGAAGCACAAAUAAGGAGGGAUCACGGAGGACAGACUGUUCCCCCUUCUAACUGAGCAGGAGUCCAGUCUGUCUGCAGACCAUUGCUGAUGUAUAAAGAAGGGAUCCAUGAAAUGACAUUAGUCCACAGUUAGUCAGAUAAACUAUAAUACUGUAGUUUUUUUUUAAUUGCAGAACUAUGAAAUGUACUACAUUAGUUAAGAUAGAUAAGAAGUGAAAACCGACUGUGUGAAAUAUCCCUUUUGGGGAAUUUAAAACUCUCAGGGGCGAGCUGGGUGGUGACAGCAAAAUAUUUAAAUGGGUGUGAUGGGUUAAAAAAAGUACUUUACAUAGUACAGUGAACCUCUGCUCUUUGGGAGCGGUAUACAUAUAUAUAUUUUUACCAUACUCCUGUUAUCUUAUAGAGACACAGCACAAUGUGAACUGUUACUCUGAGGCUUCACUUGUUGUAUUUAUUAGCCAUAUUCAGCGGUACUGUAAUGACAGGCCAAAAAGCCAUUCUGUUAUUCAUUGCCAACUUAAAGUUUGACUUUGUUUUUGUCCUUUUUGAAAGGGUUUUCUUACUUGGAAAGUUAGUGAAAGCAUUCUUUACAACCAUCUGUGUAUACAGUACCAGAUCAGUGUGGACUACAGUGUAAUUUACUGCAGUCUGAAGAUGUUAGAUCUAUAACUACAUGUCUCUCUGGCACCAAGAGUGUUGAUUCCUGUAGGCCUCGGAUUAAACUGAUUGAUCAGACUUUGAAUGAUCACUUUCCAAAGGGCCAGUGUAAUAGGUUUGCUAAAAACGUUUUAAGGGAUUCAGAAAUAUGCAGAUACUCUGUGCUUAUAAGCAG